CUCCUUGCUCUUCGUCGCAGUUAGCAUUCACACCAAGCUUUAAUCGUAUACAAAAUGGUACCCUAAGUACACGUGAGAGGUUUUGUUAGUGUACCUCGUGCUUCAUGGUAAUUUGCCGUUAAAUAAUAAUCCAGAAUGGCUGACGUCGAAGUAAAAAAGAAAAAGAAAAGCAAGUCUGAUGUUGCUGAAGAUAUGGAUGGUGAUUAUAUCAUUAAACCAACCUCAGUUAUCCCAAAGCUUGAUACAUCAAAAUGGCCUCUUUUAUUAAAGAAUUAUGACCGUUUAAAUGUGCGAACUGGUCAUUAUACUCCUAUUCCAAGUGGAAGUGCGCCUUUGAAACGAAGUCUUAAGGACUAUUUAGCUGCUGGCUAUAUUAACCUUGAUAAACCAGCUAACCCUUCAUCUCAUGAGGUUGUUGCAUGGGUUAAGCGUAUAUUGCGAGUCCAGAAGACAGGUCAUAGUGGAACACUUGAUCCAAAAGUUACUGGUUGUUUGAUUGUUUGUAUCGAUAGAACAACACGUUUAGUAAAAUCUCAACAAGGAGCAGGAAAAGAGUAUGUUGGUAUACUAAGAUUACACAAUGCAAUUGAAAGUAAAGAUAAAUUAGCUCAGGCAAUUGAAAUGUUGACUGGUGCCUUAUUUCAACGACCUCCUUUAAUUUCUGCUGUAAAGCGUCAACUUCGUGUUAGAACGAUAUAUGAAAGCAAACUUUUGGAGUUUGAUCAAGAAAAAAAUUUAGCUGUGUUUUGGAUUUCCUGUGAAGCUGGAACAUAUGUAAGAACAUUAUGUGUACAUCUUGGGCUUAUACUUGGAGUUGGAGGUCACAUGCAAGAGCUACGAAGAGUUAGAUCAGGAAUUCAGUCUGAAAAUGAGGAUUUAGUAACAAUGCACGAUGUUCUUGAUGCACAAUGGGUUUUCGAUAACACAAAAGAUGAGUCAUAUUUGCGAAAAGUAGUUAAACCAUUAGAAAAGCUAUUGACAGGACAUAAAAGGCUUGUUAUUAAAGAUAGUGCUGUUAAUGCAAUAUGUUAUGGUGCAAAAUUAAUGUUACCUGGUAUUCUUCGCUAUGAGUCAGGAAUUGAUAUGAAUGAUGAUAUUGUUAUGAUGACCACGAAAGGAGAAGCAAUUGCAGUUGGCAUUGCCCUAAUGAGCACAGCUACAAUUGCUACUUGUGAUCAUGGGGUAGUAGCCAAGAUUAAAAGAGUUAUCAUGGAUAGAGAUACUUACCCAAGAAAAUGGGGGCUUGGCCCCAAGGCUUUAGAAAAAAAGAAAAUGAUUGCAUCUGGCUUGCUAGAUAAAUAUGGUAAACCUACUGAAAAUACACCUAAAGAUUGGAAGUCUUAUAAAAGCGUCAAUCAAACAAAGAAUGAAGAUAUUGUGGCUGAAGAAGUUAAAGUUGAAAAAGAUAAUGCUGUAACAUCGGUAAAGCGUAAGCAUGUAAGUAGCGAUGAAGAGGAAGGAAAAGUUAAAAAAGAAAAAAAGAAGAAGAAGAAAUCAAUAAGUUCUGAUCAGAUCGAAAUUAAAGAAGAAGUACAAUCUGAACAUGAAGAAGUAAACAAAGAGAAAAAGAAGAAGAAAAAGAAAAAAUCCAAGCGAGAAAACGAAGAAGAAUAAUCUGGUCAUAUUUAUUGCGUCUGCCUUUUUAUAAGGAAUACCGAUGUCUUCUCAGAGAUACAACCGACGUUUUUCUGCUUGUAAAUUUUUUUAUUUUUGUUUAAAGGAAAUUCGUCAAAUUCUUGAAGUUGUACAAAGUGUAAAAGAAGCAUAUUUUUUAACGAAAAAAAACUAUAUUCAAGAAUUUA